GCGGAGUGAGCGCCCUUCUUUUUCUGCCCCUCUCCGGCUCCCACCAGGACGCCUGUUGGUCACAUGACACAGCUGGGAAAUCCUCCUGAUGCCCCGCUCCUCCCCUCGCUCUGUCACUAACCCGUUUUCUCGCUGUCUGACGGUGUUUGUCUGUUAGCUUGCUGUUAGCUAUCACCACAGUCAACCGCAGGAACGACGCAAACAUGGCGAACACGGCUAGGGACCCUCCGCCGGAGCAGACCGACUUCCAGGAGCUGGAGGACGAGGAGGACCUAUUCCCGGAGCUGACAGUCACACAGGAGCUGCAGUUUCUCCCUUCCACACUGAGCCUCUAUCAGGUGGACAGAGAAGAGGAGGACGGCCACCCGACCCUCAGCACCAACUCAAACGGACCCAAACAAGACUCACUGUUUGAUGAUGACCCCGAGGACCUGUUUGCAGAGGCCACCGAGGAGGUUUCGCUGGACAGUCCCGAGAGAGAUGUGCUGCUGUCCGAUGGCCCAUCGCCCGCCAUCACUCCCAUCACCCCUCCCAUCUCCAUCAUCACCCCUCGCAUCGGCCACGACGACAUGUUCACACACUCCUCCUUCGAUGAGAUUGAAGAGGAGGAGGGUAGCGACUCGCUCGACAUACACAUAUCAGUGUCUGACCCUGAGAAAGUUGGUGACGGGAUGAAUGCAUACAUGGCCUACAAAGUGACAACCAGGACCUCCAUGUCACUGUUUAAGCAGAACGAGUUCUCAGUGAAAAGGCGUUUCAGCGACUUCCUGGGUUUGCACAGUAAACUGGCCUCAAAGUAUCUCCACAUAGGCUACAUCGUUCCCCCAGCGCCGGAGAAAAGCAUUGUGGGGAUGACGAAGGUGAAGGUGGGGAAGGAGGAUCAGUCGUCCAACGAGUUUGUGGAGAAGAGGAGGUCGGCACUCGAGAGGUACGAUGACAGAAAACAGACGAAUCCCGUCCUGCCGAAGGAUCCCGACGUCCUGCAGUUUCUGGAGAGCUCAGAUUUGCCACGGGCCGUCAGCACUCAGGCUCUGAGCAGCGCCGGACUUCUCCGAAUGGUCAACAAGGCCGCCGACGCCGUCAACAAGAUGACCAUCAAGAUGAACGAGUCGGACGCUUGGUUUGAGGAGAAGCAGCAGCAUUUUGAGAACCUGGAUGUGCAGCUGAGGAAACUUCAUGUCAGUGUUGAGUCUCUGGUCUGUCACAGGAAAGAACUGUCAGUGAACACAGCGCAGUUCGCCAAGUCGGCGGCCAUGUUGGGGAACAGUGAGGACCACACGGCUCUGUCCCGAGCUCUGUCCCAGCUGGCCGAGGUGGAGGAAAAGAUCGACCAGCUGCACCAGGACCAGGCCAAUGCAGACUUCUACCUGUUCUCUGAGUUACUGGGCGACUACGUCCGCCUCAUCACUGCCGUCAAGGGUGUGUUCGACCACCGCAUAAAGACGUGGCAGAAGUGGCAGGACAGCCAGGUGCUGCUGCAGAAGAAGCGAGAAGCUGAAGCCAAACUGCAGUUCACCAACAAACCAGACAAGCUGCAGCAGGCCAAAGACGAGAUCAAGGAGCUGGAGGAGAAAGUCCAGCAGGGAGAGAGAGACUUCGAACAAAUCUCCAAAACCAUCCGCAAAGAAGUCAGCAGGUUUGAGAGAGAGAGAGUGAAGGACUUUCAGACCAUCAUUAUCAAAUACCUGGAGUCACUGGUUCAGACACAACAACAGCUGAUCAAAUACUGGGAGGCCUUCUUACCGGAGGCCAAGGCCAUCUCAUAGAGUGCACAGACACAACACGUGGUCCUGACCGGCUCCAGUCCAACUCCACUACCCACCAUGCACCUGCUCCCCCGGGUCUCCCUCCUCCUCCUCCUGUCCAUGCCCAGAGUGAAGAAUAGACAUACAACAGUGAAUCAGCUCAGUCACAUUUCUGCUGUUUAAACAACAAAACUCCUUUUAAGGUCAUCAUGUUUUUCUUUUCUGCUGAACUCAGUGCUGCAUUCAGGUGCUGUGAGAGCAGCUCGGUGGUUUCAUGCACAGACUGAUGCAGUUUUACUAACAGUGUAUCCCUUGUCAGACGGCUUCUGUCUGAGUGAAGUCAGGAAAAAUCAGGCUUCAUAUGAUGUGUUCUUUUCAAAGGUAGACAAUGAAAAUCACAUGUGGCCUGAACGCAGCACGAGUCGUGGCCCCGGUGACGGCCUCCACCCCCCCCCCACAGGGGAAGUCACACUCUGUACGUUUGUAUUUGGGGGUUUUAAAGGCGAUCUCAAAGAUUCACAGCAAAGACAGGGCUCUGCAUUGUAAAGAAACCAUGUUCUUUUUUCAUCACUUUGGUCUCUGGAUGUGUGGAAGCAUGUCCCUGCCCUAAGAAGAUAAAGAUGAAAAGUUAGGAAUCAUAAAGAUAAAACCUGCCAAGGAAAAUCCAGGAAAAAUGUCAGGAGUAAGUCCAAUCAGACAUUUGAUUUGGUUAUAAGAGAACAACAGGAAGUCAACGUUAUGAGACACUGAAGGGCUUGUUUACACGUGUAUGUCAUGGCUGUAAAUCCAGUUUUUUUCUGAUGUUUUACAGACGUGACUUUCUGCAGGUUUGGUUUUUUCUCCACAAAAAAAAAAA